CCACCGCCAAUUCGACGAUCGACAGACGACUACCGCAGUCAUGGCCACCGAAUUGACAGUUCAGAGCGAGCGCGCUUUCCAGAAGCAGCCUCACAUCUUCUUGAACGGCAAGUCAAAAGUCGGCAAAGGAGGACGGAGAUACUACAAGGACGUUGGUCUUGGAUUCAGGACGCCCAAGACUGCCAUUGAGGGCUCUUACAUCGACAAGAAGUGCCCCUUCACCGGCCUCAUCUCCAUCCGUGGUCGUAUCCUCACCGGCACCGUCGUGUCCACCAAGAUGCACCGCACCCUCGUCAUCCGCCGCGAGUACCUCCACUUCGUCCCCAAGUACUCCCGUUACGAGAAGCGCCACAAGAACCUCGCUGCACACGUCAGCCCUGCUUUCCGUGUUGAGGAUGGCGACCAAGUCACCGUUGGCCAGUGCCGGCCAUUGAGCAAGACUGUCCGCUUCAACGUUCUGCGCGUGCUUCCCCGAACUGGCAAGCAGGUCAAGCAGUUCAACAAGUUCUAAGCGUCUGGAUGUCUGAUUUGAGGGAUCGAUG